AUGAGCACGGUCAUUAUAGGAGGAGGCAUCAUCGGCCUAUCAAUGGCGUAUUAUCUCUCCUUAGCUACGCGAGCAACCGGAAAUACAGCCAUACAUAUCAUCGACUCUUCGCCGGCAUUGUUGACUUCGGCGAGCGGUUAUGCCGGAGGGUUUCUUGCAUCGGAUUGGUUCAGUCCAGCUGUCUCGAGUUUGGGCGCGCUCUCAUUUAGACUGCACCGUGAAUUGGCGGAGGAGCACAACGGUCAGCGGAAAUGGGGGUACGCUGGGAGCCACGUUUAUAGCCUCAGUGUCGACGACCACGGCAUCAGCAGCAAAGGCAGUAAAGGCAGUAAAGGAAGGCGAGAGGACUGGUUACUGGAAGGGACCAGUCGUGCUGGCUUAGUGGAAUCGAAGUCGGACGACAAAGGUGCCAUGCUCAAUGAUGACGGGUCUCCAGCUGCGUUCACGCCGCAAGUCGGGGGGAGUCUGGACACGAUUGCAAAUCCGGAAGAUUGCGCACAGGUUGAGCCGAAGGAACUGUGCGAGUUCUUGCUUGAGGAGAGCAAGAACAAUGGCGUGCAAGUGCAUCUGUCAACCAAAGUCACUGCCGUGUUGACGGAUAGCGACGGCACCUUGAAAGGCCUGAAACUGGAGUCGACAGGAGACCACAACAACGACUUGGGGGAAAUCGAAUGUCACAAUGUUGUACUAUCUGCAGGUGCGUGGACACCCGGAGUCUUCAAGACGCUGUUUCCACGAAGCAAAACCCGCAUUCCUAUCAGUCCACUUGCUGGCUACAGUAUAGCGGUAAAGUCGCCACGCUACACCGCUCCCUUGGUUGACCCUGAGAAACGACAUAUUGGCGGAGGAGAGGACAACUGGCAGUGCUAUGCGAUCUAUUGCGCACCCGGUCGAUACUGGUCGUAUGCCCCCGAAGCUUACGCUCGACUCGCACGCAAUGGGCAAACGGAAGUGUGGGUUGGCGGCUUGAAUGAUAGCACUCUCUCUUUGCCGGAGCUGGCGGUCGACGUGAAGAAAUUGAUCGAUCCGGGAAGCAUCGAAAGCCUCCGCAAGACCACCGUUCAACUGACUGGGCUGGCCAAAGAAGGCGCGGAGUUAAAUCAAGAUGAUCUCGAGACUGUCAGAGAGGGCCUCUGCUUUCGGCCGAUCACUCAUAGUGGCAUGCCCUUGAUCGGUAGAAUAUCAGAGAAUCAUCUUGGCGGAUGCAAAGUGAACGAUGGUGGUGUCUGGAUCGCGGCUGGCCAUGGUCCUUGGGGAAUCAGUCUAAGUCUGGGGACAGGAUUGGUGGUGAGCGAAUUGUUGUUGGGCAAGAAACCGAGUGCAGACAUCCGAGCGCUGGGGUUAAGGUGACAGCCCAAAAGUAGCUUAUUGUAUCAAGAUGUUGAGCCAUCAUUGAAAAGCGCAAAGCAGCAGAGGCA